GCUUUUAUAAAUUCUGCCCACCCGCUGUUAUAUCCACACCAAAAAAUGUGCAUAUAGUUUUAUUCUCAAGAUCUUCAAGCUUUUUAGUAGCAGGUUUGAAUCAUGGCUCUCAUUGAUGCAGACCAGGUAAUUUUUGAAGAAGUGUUGGGAGUACGAAAAAUGAUACUAAACAGACCAAAGAAACUAAACACACUUAACUAUGAGAUGUUAAGAAGAUUGUACGAGAAGUCGAGAGCGUACGAAAAUGAUCCGACGGUUAAGCUUGUUAUACUGAAGGCAAAUGGGAAAGUAUUUUGUUGUGGGGGUGAUCUGACGUCUGCUUAUACAUUUGUAAAUCUUGGACAUUGGAGUUUUGCGGCCAGCUAUUAUAGGAAAGAGUUUUAUUUGGAUUACUUUCUCGCAACGUAUAAGAAGCCGUUGCUUGUACUUCUAGAUGGAAGUGUUAUGGGAGGAGGCGUUGGAAUAUCAAUACAUUCGACAUUUAGAAUCGUCACUGAGAAUACGAGUUUCGCAAUGCCUGAAGUGUUGAUUGGACUAUUUCCUGAUGUUGGUGCAUCUUAUUUUUUGUCACGACUUCCAGGAUUUUUGGGAGAAUAUGUGGGAUUGACUGGUGCUCGAUUAAAUGGAGCCGAGAUGCUUGCAUGUGGCCUUGGAACUCAUUUUGUCCCAUCCAAGAAUCUAAAGUCUUUGGAGAAUGCCCUUGAAAAGAUGGUUGCUUCGUUGGGUUCACCAAGUGUAGCUACAUUGUCCAUGAUUAUUAACAAGUUUGCACAAGAAGUAAACGUCAAGCCCGAUAGUAUAUAUCUUAGGCUUGACAUGAUUAACCAAUGCUUCAAUGGCAAAUCAUGUGAAGAAAUAUUAUCCUCGUUGGAACACUUGGCUACACAAGUUCAAGAGAAAUGGGUCCAUGACGCUAUCAAAUCAAUGAAAUCCGCUAAUCCACUGGGUCUUAAGAUUUGCUUGAGAAUGAUUAGAGAAGGUCGAUCUAGAAAUAUCGAGCAAUGUCUUGAGGCUGAAUACAUUGCUAUUUCUCAUGUUCUACGUAGAACUUUUAGCAAUAACUUCUAUGAGGGAUCUAGAGCUAUGUUGAUCGACAAAGAUAAGAAACCUAAGUGGGUACCAUCAACACUAGAGGGAGUUAGUGAAGAAAUGGUGGCUAGAUGUCUUUCAGAAUCUUUCAGUGAGGAUGAUGAUUGGUUGCCUUUACAACUUUCCUUAAAAACUAAUAGAACUGACGCCAUUGCUUCAAAACUAUAAGAUUUGCCAAGAAAGGUUCCUUUUAAGCAACCUAAAGCCCUACAACUUCAAAACAUUUCAUGGUUAAUCCCUAAAAUAAUUGGGUGAAUUUGUGUGUGAUAUAUUGUUUAUGCUUUUCAAUUCAGCGUGUUAUGUUGUUUAAAACUUAAAUAAAGUUAUCUCAGCAUUAAUUUUGUAGAAUCUA